GCUGUUGAUGAAGACAAGCGAAAAAGAAAUACGGCAGCAAGUGCAAGAUUUCGUAUAAAGAAGAAGCAAAGAGAACAGAGUAUGCAAGAGACUGUAAAGGAAAUGACAGAAAAAUCAGAGGCCUUACAGAAUCGCGUUCACGAGCUAGAACAAGAAAUCAAGUGGCUUCGGGGGUUGUUGAUA